AUGGUCUACACAAUCGUCGUUCACCUCGUCGCAAAAGACGACGCAGAAUGCAUCCGCAAGCUCAGCGCCAAGCUCGUCGAGGCCAGCCAGGUCUACAGCCAGGACAAGGAGACGCUGAGUUGGUUCGUCAUGCAGGAUACAAAGGAGCCGCGCAAGUUUUGUAUCGUGGAGAGGUAUGCACAGGAGAGUUCCCAACAAUACCAUCUCAACAACCCUUACUGGAAGACAUUUGACCCUUACGUCAUCCCGUUGCUGGCGGAACCGAUGGAUUUGAGGCGCUUUGAGGAGCUGGAUACGAGUGUGAGCAAGGCGAAUGCGCAUUAUCAUGAGGAUGCGGUGAGGACGGAGACGAGUUUGGGGGAUAUGUACAAGGGGACUGAUGCGUAG